UGCCUUUUCUGCCCUCUGCUGCUUUUCUCCAUCUAUACACACAAAAAAUCUGUACCUAUACAAUACCCUUUUUUCACCGGCGCCGGGGGACUGAGAUCAUUAGCCGGACUAGAAGAGUUAGCAACUCAUUUCAAACAAAAUGGACGAAGACAUGGAGGAGAGUGAAGUCUACACCUUCACGGCGGUCGAAAUCGACCUUGAUUACGAGUUCGACGCCGUUCGCUACUUCGACUUUAGCCGAGAGGAGUCGUUAGCUGAGGCUCAUGAAGCCGAGCUCUGGUUUGAAACCGCCACUACUUAUCCGCCUUCUCCUUUUGUGGCAAGGUUGUUUAAUGUGAAUGAUGGCUUGAUGGAAAAUGUAAAUACAUCCCCAAAACCUAAGCACGUGGAGGAAGCAAAUAUGUUAGAGAGUGAUUCCGAUAAUGAGGUGGAUGAAGAGACUUCAGCUGUGGACAAAGAUGGUGGACAAAAAGAGUUCAACAGUAGAGAGACUUCUGCAAUUUUGCAGAAUAGCAACCAACAAAGGUUUCAGAACCACCAACAAUUGGCUUCAGGGUUAACAUUCUAUAAUCACAUGAAGAAAGAUAGUUUAAAAGCUAAAACAAAGUCCAGUGUGAAGCCAUAUCUAUCAAGGACUUCAACCCUAAUGAAACCAACAGCAAGUCAAUUGGCCAAGCAGAAUGAACCUCGUCAAAUGUGUUCUUCCAGGUUUCAGAGGCAGUUGGUUGAUAAAAAUGAGAAAAGCACAAAUAAUUCUUUUGGUGUUGAAAUUCAGGCUGCCAAGAGACAAAAACUUGAGGGAGGUCACUUGAGCAAGGUUAUUGACACAAAGCAUCAAGUGAACUUUGUCCACAAGGAGCCUAAAAGGGAUGGGAUUGUUGUUGGCAACACCGUGCAGACCAAGUUGAGGAUUACUAUUCCUCGAGAACCUGAUCUUGAAACAACUUACAGGGCUCACAGAACGAGACCUAAAACUGUUGAAGAACCUCGAAGUUUGACAUCAACUGUUCAUAGGUUCAAAGCUCUCCCAUUGAAUAGAAAGAUACUUGAGGCUCCUUCUUUGUUGGCUCCGAAAAGAAGCACCCCUAGAGUGCCAGAGUUUCGUGAAUUUCACUUGAAGACUUCAGAGAGAGCUAUGCAGCACACUGCAAUUGCUUCAGUGUCUGCUGCAUCUUUCAGUAAUUCCAACAAGGAGGUGGAGAGCAGGAAUUCAGCCUCACAACAAUGUAGAGAUGAAUCCAGAAGAUGUAAUGUUGUAGAUACAUCAAAAGAGAGGUCCGAGUUAUCUCACAAUUUCAAAGCUCUCCCUCUUAAUAGGAAGAUACUUUCAAGUAAAGGAGACAUUGGAGUUUUUAGAAAUAGCAAGAGAGAGAUCACAGUUCCAAUGGAAUUUAAUUUCCAUACAGAAAAGAGGGUUCAGCAUAAUCCACCAAUUGAACUUUUUAACAAGCUCUCUCUUACGUCUGAACCCAAAUCAAAGAUAAAGCUGCCACAUCCUGCCAGCCUACCUGCAAAGGGUUCAAAAGAAAACAGAUGGGAUUCUUUUCAGGAAGAACAACAGGUAAAACAUGACAUGAAAGAAAAACUACCCUUGAAUGGAGGAAAGCAGUUCGGCAGCAACGUGAAGAAAGCUGAUGAUGGUUUAAUCUCUGGCACCAAUAGGAGUUUGGGAGUUCGCUGAGAAUAAAGGCCAGAGGUCAUAGCUGCAUCAUUGAUGGGCAGCUAUUCACCUAAGCUUUCAUUCUGAUCGAAGUUGGCAAAACCAUACAGGAUAUAUGGCAAGUACAUUCAUUGUCAAAAAAUUGAAGAUCGUUAGGCAAAUACAUCCACAGUGAAAAUAUCGAAGCUUGUUCAGCACAGAGGCCAACUUUGAGGAACCUUGUUUUGGUUCUGCAAAUCAUUUUUUUGCAAGUCAUGCCUGAAGGCAAUGAUACUACAAGUUAAUCAUCUCAAUAUGCUGAAUGUUGUUGGACAGUGUACAGAAACCUCAUUCCAUCUUCUUCAGGUUAUACACCAUCGAAAGUUUACUGUAUCAGAGCUUAUAGCUAGACAGAGAAACGGCUCAAGAUAUUAUAUUAAAUUAUUAAUAUCUGAGCUGCUGCUUGUAAUCGACCUUAAGCUAGAUGGUUAGUUGAUAAAGUGGUAGUUUUUCUAUUUGAGAAGAAUAAUUAGUUGGUCUAACUGUUUCCAGUAGUAAAAAUGCUAGAACUUUGCUUCCAUUGAAUGCACCAGAUCUUCAUCCCUUCCCAAAAUUUCAGCAUAUCUCUGAGCAUGGUGCUAUUUAACCAAAUAUUUUGCUUAAUAUAAUCGUAUAAGAUGGAAACUCAUCUACUUCUCCUCAAAAUUGGUAUAUGGAGUUGCUGCUUUUCUACGGCUGCAUGAAAUCUGUAUGCUAGUAGCAGAAUUGUUUAUUUCUAGAACUCUCUUACUGGUCAUGAGCACGUUGAUAAUUGCUGCAGCAUUCAAAUCUGUUCAUUUCUACAAACACAUGCCGUGAGUUGUAAAGGUACUGAAAGUUUUUCUGCACCAUUUUCUGCGACCGAAUGGCCUACUUACUGUAUUUAAGAAACUGACUUAUUGGACCAUC